GAGGAGGAGUGGGAGGGGAAAGCAACCCCUGUUCAAUUUCUGGUUCUGUGCUUCUGGGCCCCCUGAGAGUGGGACAGGAUCCCAGGGACUGAGGUUCUGGGCCCAGCCUCUUUCCUUGCUCUGCUGGCUGGCGGGAGGAAGCGCUCGCCAGCUGGACGCCCCCUCCCCCUCUUCUGCCUCGCUGCCACCCCCACUCCGGCUAGAGUCCAGCUCUUGCAUUUCAACUGUUGGGUUUAGCUCUUGGGGACUUUUUUGUGUUUGUAUAUUUCCUCCUCAUUCUCCUUUGUUAGUCGGAAAACCUUCCAGGCUGGAGGGAGGGACGACCCGGUUCUCAUGGAAGGCAGCUGCCGCUAAGCACCCCCUCCUCAGCCCUGAAAGUGCUCGAGGAAAAAAAAAAAGGCUCCCCCUACUCCCCGCUCCGACCCGUUGCCUGCUUUCUCUCCGCUGUAGCCAGCUGCUACAGCUCCGGCUUCAUUGAUGCUUAACGGAUGCGUCUGUGGCCUGGGACUGAUCUACAACAACAGGUCGUGCACAAUGCCCCCCAUCAGUUUCCAGGACCUUCCCCUCAACAUCUACAUGGUCAUCUUUGGCACAGGCAUCUUUGUCUUUGUGCUCAGCCUCAUCUUCUGCUGCUACUUUAUCAGCAAACUCAGGCACCAGGCACAGAGUGAGCGGUACGGAUAUAAAGAGGUGGUACUGAAAGGCGAUGCCAAGAAGUUACACUUAUAUGGGCAGACUUGUGCUGUCUGCCUAGAAGACUUCAAGGGGAAAGAUGAGCUUGGUGUGCUACCUUGUCAACACGCCUUCCACAGGAAGUGUCUGGUGAAGUGGCUGGAAGUCCGUUGUGUCUGUCCCAUGUGCAAUAAACCCAUUGCUGGCCCCCCAGAGGCCACUCAGAGCAUUGGCACCCUUCUGGAUGAACUCGUCUGAACACCACCUUUUCCCUAGGAUUCAGAUGCCUAAAUGCCAAGUGCCUGCCUGGUCUGCUCUUAAACUGCAUGGCCUACAGUGUGGCAGGUGCCCCUUGGGGACUGUCCCUUUAGCUGGAAAGAGAACGGGCAAGCUGGUCCUUGCCCUUCCUUAAGAAGGAGCGAAGUCUAGAGUCUCCUUCUCCUUCUCCCUUCCCCCUCCAGCACUCUGACAUCUCCUUCCCUGCUACUCUACGUUGUUGGUGUCACUCACGGGUCAGGGCUGCUGGGUUGUGGUGCUGGACCUUCUGCUUUGUUCUUUGCUGCAAAGAAAUUAGGCAACUCCUGACACAAUGAAGGGUAUGGGUCUGAGCAAAAGGGACCAAGGGCCAUCAGGAAAAUCAAAGCCCAAGUGACCAGGAAUGGGCAAGUAACUUACCCCACCCAGGCAGGAACUUCUUAAUGAAAUUCUCACAGUUUCUCCCUCAUGUGUGUGGAGAGGGGGGGACAGAAGCAAGGAAUGGGGAGGAAGGGAUGAGGCAGGCCCUGUCCUCACUGGUAAUUCUUCCUUCCUCUUUCCCCACCUACCUUCAAGCAGGUGUCUGGAUGAAAGAAGGGAUACAAGGAGUAAGGCCCAGGUUGGGGGGACUAGGGAGGGUAGUAGAUAACAGGGGAGUUCUGCCUGUGGCAGAGAUGGCAGAAGGCCAAAAAGCCACCUCCAUAUUUUUUUUAAAAGUUAAUGUUUACAUUGGACCUUCAGAAACAGCAGCUGGCUGACUGAACUGACAAAGUGGGAGCAAGCACCCUGCCCAGAGCUGGGAUCUGGGGUGCCAUCAGUUUCUUAACCUGCCCUUUUCCCACUUCACUUAGUUAUUCCUAGAGCUCCUCGUCCCACCCUUCUGGGUCCUAAAGGUUUUGAUGCAUCUCCCAACAGAAGAUGCAUUCUUUACAACCAGAGUGAUUCCCAGGGGACAGAUAAAAGUCAGUGUUUCCUGAAGGGAGAAGGGUGGGAGGCAGUGCUGAAGAUGGAGGAGAGGAUCAGAAUCCCUUCUCUUCUUUGUAAAUAGUAUUUUUAUACCUUAGUCUCCUCACCAUCUCAGGCUUUAUAUAUGGGACACUUGGGGAGUCCCAUUUCUCCCCAUAGUGGGUGGGGGUGGGAAGAAGGGUGUAUGCAAAAAAAAUAUAAUAAAUGAAUAAAGAAAAUUGUCUAACUCUGUUGUUGCUGUAGAUGUGGUCAGAGCCCAUCAGGAGGAUCCAGGAUUUUAGCUCCUCUAAUGAUAAUUAAGGAAAGCCAAAGACCCCUCCUUCACCUCAGAGCUGUCUUCAUAAAGGAAAUUCUGCUAUUGGCACUGGGGUUACCUGUAUACACUAGAAUGAAACUGUCACCAACAUCCAUAGACAUGUCAGAUUUUUCUAUAUUGCCUUGUCUUAGAGAAGAAUGGAUUUGGAAGUCAGAAAAAAUGAGUGUGACUUCUUGUCUCUAUCACUUACUGCAAUUUUGGGCAAGUCACUUACCUGCUCUGAUCAGUUCAUUCCACUAUUUAUGGUCCCAGC